UGUGCCUGAGUUUGCAGUUGAGUGCGCCAGUGAUCGCAGCUCUAUUAUAUAACUUUAGAAUACUGGCGCUUUUAAUGGCGCAUAAGCAGAACAUUGCGCCACAGAUAUGUCGAUUUCCUGAGGAUUUAUCCCGAGUUCUGUGAGCGAUCGAUCACUUUUUUUCGCCCCCUCCUGCCGGUGGUGAGCAUUAAAAAGUUAUCGAGUGAUCCGUGAAACGGCGCACACGGCGGAUCUCGCCAGCUCGAGCUGGGUCAGCGUCGGGCUGUUGAUUUUACAGUUAGAUAUAUUGCGGAGAAUGUAUUCUUGCCAUACGGACACGGGAGGCAGCAACAAAUACAGCUGAUACUUCACCACACAACAAAACUGCAACGAAGGGGUUUUAUUCAAGCGCUUCACCUUGUGGACGUUGCGGCAUUUCUUACAUUUUUUCCAAGUUGGACUACUAAAAGAUGACCUAACCGGUGGAGUACAGGUCAGGUACUCAUACUACAGGACAAAGAAAUGGAUCAGGGUGGACUGAAGCGCAAUGGUAAUCGAGACGACGGCCUGACAUUUGCGGAGAUAGGAGGUACUGGUGACACACCUGGUUCACUGUUCCAGACUGCAAUGCAUCUGCCUGGGUCUCUGCCCCCUGCCACAGUGGCCCCCAAUAGACAGGGUGGAACCAAUGGCCAGGGGGAGCUUGGAGGCUUGUUUGAGUCUCAUCAGCAUCAUGUUCUGGGUGAGGGGACAGACAUGAAGGAGGGUAAAAUGAUUCGAAUGCAGAAACAACAACAGCAGCAGCAACAGGAUAUUGGUAUAUUCGGCAUGGGGGACAGCUUGCCAUUGUUUAACCAGUGUAUUUCCGAUACACCCACAUCUGUCAUCAACACCUCAGACACUUCCGUCCUAGGCAACCUUCCUCUGCCUGACCUUUUUUCCCACCCCAUAAAGACGGAAAGCAUUCUUUCUCUGGACAAAGACUUGGGAACUUAUAGUGGGCACACAGGCACUGGUCCAUGCGAUUUGGAUGGCAACAGUGGCCGCCUGAUUGAGGAUACAGAGAUUUGGCAAGAUCUGGACCUUCCCAGCUCACUGCCGGAAAUCAGUGCUUUUGAGUUGGAUUCAGAAGUGGCACACUUGGAUAACAUUCUACAAGAGAGCACCGGUGGUGGCUGUCCUGUCAGUGGCUUGCCAAAGGAAAUAAAGCCUCUCAUGGGUAACAGAGAAAAUUGUACCAGUGUUAAUGGCACAGAGCAGCAACACCAUGCCCUACACCCCCAUCAACAACAGCAGCAGCAGCAGCAGCAGCACCACCAACUAAUACAUCACCAGCAACAUCAGCCCCAGCAUCACCAGCCUCAGGCCCUUCUGUCCACUGUCAUCAUCAAGGAAGAGAAGGAUCCUGACGAGUCUUUCAUCCAAAUCUGUACCCCUGGUGUGAUAAAACAGGAGAAGCAGGAUAGUGGUUUCUGCCAGCCUCAGUGUCUCCAGAGCAGCAUCAGCUCUCUCCAUGGAGGAGGAGGAGGACCAGGCCCCAUGUCCUCCCCUGUGGGUGUCGGCGCACUGCCCGGCUACCACUACAGAGCCAACCCGAGCUCAACAAUGGGCAUACAAGACCAGAAGCCUUUUGACAUGUACUCAAACAUGCCUCUGAUGGGGGAUGGCUGGGCCCGGGGGAAAAGGUAUGGAGAGACAUCUGGGAUUCAGAGCAGCGAUGAUGGGCUCACUCCUGCCGCGUCCUUGGCACCUUUUUCUGUUGGCUUCUCCGGUUCAUCACCCAGAGAAGGAGAGAUCAGCAGCUCUGUGGUACCUGCCCAAUCCAAGACCAGCGGGCAGACUCAUAAGAUCUGUUUGGUGUGCUCAGAUGAGGCCUCUGGAUGCCAUUACGGGGUUGUAACAUGUGGCAGCUGCAAGGUUUUCUUCAAGAGAGCCGUUGAAGGAUGGAGAGCACGACAAAACACAGAUGGCCAGCACAACUACCUGUGUGCAGGGAGAAAUGACUGCAUCAUUGAUAAGAUCCGCAGGAAGAACUGUCCAGCCUGCCGCUUCAGAAAAUGUCUUCAAGCUGGAAUGAACUUGGAAGCAAGGAAAAACAAAAAGCUGAUCAAGAUGAAAGUGCACCGGGCUGGGGCAUCAGAGCCCACCAUUAGCAACAUGCCUGUUCCAGUCGUACCCAGGAGCAUGCCCCAACUCGUGCCGACCAUGCUGUCCAUACUGAAGGCCAUAGAACCAGAGAUCAUCUACUCGGGCUAUGACAGCACACUGCCAGAUACUUCAUCACGGCUCAUGUCUACUCUCAACAGGCUAGGGGGACAGCAGGUUGUCUCUGCAGUCAAGUGGGCCAAGUCACUACCAGGCUUCCGCAAUCUGCACCUUGAUGACCAGAUGACUCUGCUGCAGUGCUCCUGGCUCUUUCUCAUGUCUUUCAGUCUUGGCUGGAGGUCGUACGAGCAGUGUAAUGGCAGCAUGCUUUGUUUCGCCCCUGAUCUUGUCAUCAACAAAGAUCGCAUGAAGCUGCCCUUCAUGACUGACCAGUGCGAGCAGAUGCUGAAGAUCUGUAAUGAGUUUGUCAGACUGCAGGUGUCCUAUGAAGAGUACCUGUGCAUGAAGGUGCUGUUACUGCUCAGUACAGUACCAAAAGAUGGCCUGAAGAGUCAAGCAGUUUUUGAUGAGAUCAGGAUGACCUAUAUCAAGGAGCUGGGAAAAGCCAUCGUCAAGAGAGAGGAGAACCCUAGUCAGAACUGGCAACGCUUCUACCAGUUAACUAAGCUACUCGACUCCAUGCAGGAGAUGGUCGAGGGUCUUCUCCAGAUCUGUUUCUACACCUUUGUGAAUAAAACCCUCAGUGUGGAAUUCCCGGAGAUGCUGGCAGAGAUCAUUUCCAACCAGAUACCAAAAUUCAAAGAUGGAAGCGUCAAAGCUCUGCUGUUUCAUCAGAAAUGACAGCCUUAAAUUGUGAAUCAAUGCCUUAAAUCCUGCCCUGCACAUAUACCUCUCCAGGGGCCCCUAGCUUGCAUAUCCUGCCUCCCUCAUCGCUCUGAUUCAGUUUCUCAGUUUUUCCUGGGCCUCCUCUAGAAAUUCUGCCACGGCCCUUCAGGGCUUAGCCAUUCAGCCUAAUCUUGGAGCACAAUACCUGUGGCCUCAAGCCCCCUAUCCCAGUCCUAGCUCCUAGUCCCGCCAUGGUAUCCUUCACCGACCUGUAGCCCUUCCUCUUAGUUGGACAAGAAGAAAUUGGACUCUGAAUGUCUCUUGGGGUGGAUGCAUUUUGGGUAAUUUUUUUUUUCAGUCCUCCCUCACCUACUCUACACCCAUAACCCUGUGCUUGUAUUUUUAAUGCUUUCUUACAAUGGCUAUGUGCCUCCUAUUCUUUCAAGGCUCUAGUAUUUUUCUGCAGUUUUCACAGAGAAGCUAAGAUAUACAGUACAAACACCUUUCCUCCAAGAACAUUACACCUGGUAUACUUUCCAACUUGAAAAGAUUAGCAGUUCAAGCCUAGUGUUCCUCUGCUCACAUACCCAGCUUGUAUCUAUCGGUCCUUCCCAGCUUCACUGUGCAGAGAAUGUAGUGAAUGUCCACUUUUCUGGGUGGUUUUUGGAAGACCAUUCACGAUGAAGGGGACAAAAAAAACUCAGAACAGUUGGAAACGCUGUCACAUGAAAGAAAUUUAUUAUUCUUCACGACAAAUGGACAGUGCAAACUUUCCCGUUGUGAAUCACUUAUCGCUUCUGAAAUUAUUCAAAUCACAAUUCUACACAAGACCAUUGAGAAAAGAAAUCAGCUAGAGACAUAUUCUCUAUUUAUUUUAUGCAGGCACACAAUUCAAGUCACAUGCAGAAGCAAGACACAUACAUUCAUUCAGCCAAAUGUUUACACAGGAUGUAUCUGAGGGAAAACCCAGUGCCUUUUAGUUUUUACACUCUUCAUAGCCAUCCACUAUAAGCUGUAGGUUUUUUUGCAUUAGAAGUUGAUCUUGACAUCUUUCCACAUGAUUUGUCUGUUUCUCUAUUUCCGCGUUGUAAUUUCUGUUUUCUUUUUCCGAGCUGCCAUUUCGGUGUUCUUAAUGUGGAAAACUCUCCCUUUUGUUCUUAUCUCCUGUUCUGCAUGUAGGAACACAGCCUAUGGUACAGAUAAGUAAUGUUAAAAUGUUCAGUUUUAUCACAUUGGAAAAAAGAUUAACAAAAUAAGUCCCAAAACAAUUUUUUAUUAUCUAUCUAAAGUAUAUUAGAUAAAUUUGCUGCCUUUCCCAGUCAGUAUUAAAUUGUGUUAAAAGUUCUAUUACCCUGAUUACCCAGCAUAUAUAAUGAAUGCACCUUUUUCUUGCUUAAGCUUUAGCCAGCUUUGAUCUAAAUGGGUACUGCUAACAUUCAAAUUUCACAUUUAAUGUUUUGUACUACUUGGGAGCAGACUGACUUAAAUUUUAGGAUUUACAUCUUUAAAAAGGUUUUUUUUAUGUUUUAAUUGGAUUUUUUUUAAGCGUUUUAUAACCAAAAUGCAUUUGAAAAAGCCAUCCGAAGUAUCAAAGGGCCUGCUGUCUGUUUGAAAAGCGACAUAAUGAGUCAGUUAAAUCUGGCUUGAAGUUAAACCGUCCUUUCAUUUCCAGCUGCAUUCAUACUGAGGUUGGUAGUUUAGUAAAUGCACUAUAUGGACAAAAGUACUGGGCCACACACACAUUACGCCUACUGUACAGGAGCUUCUCAGCCAUUGAAACCCAUGCCAUGAAGCUCCUGGUCCACAGUUUUUGUGCUGAUGUUAAUACCAGAGGUGGGUUGGGACCUCUGCAGUUACUGAGUCAGCAGAGCGACUUUUACAUGCUACAGUGUUCGGUGACCCUGCUCUGUAACUUAACGUGGUAUGUCACUUAAUGGUUGAGUUAUCUUGGUUCUUAAACACAUCCACUCUGCAAUAAAGCCACUUACGGUUGAUGAUGGAAUAUCUAGGAGGGAAGAAAUUUCACAAACUGAUAUGCUGCAACAGUCACUUGCAGCUAUUAUAACACCACCCUCAUUCCUUUCACAAAUGUUUGUAAAACCAUUCUGCGUGGCUAGGUGCUUGAUUUUGUGUGCCUAAGGCAAUGGGACUGAAAAUACCAUUUGUCCAUAUAAUGCAGCUUUAACCAAAUAUAAUUGAGGUAGGAGUGACUUGCUAGUUCGUAUUCCUUGUCUGCUCUUCAAAAAUUUGUGAGGUCAUAAAACAAUAGAAAAAACUUCAAUAUUUCAGACCCCCAAAAGUACUAGCAUUAGGAUUUUUGUUGUUUUCAUUUUUAAAAGUAAAAGGUUUAACUGACUCAAAAAUGGUAGCAACAUAGCACUCGUGAUAGGAAAUUAAGGCAUAACAUUAAUGGAAAAAGUAUUGUUUCCCUCAAGAUACCAUUUUGAUUUAAUAUUUCCCUUUAAUUACCAUUAUCUGAAUGUACUUGCAAAAUCAGGACUUAUUAUAUGGAGCUGCUGUGCCAACAUUGUGAAAAAACACAAAUAUAUUUGUUUAAAAUAAAAUAUUUAUUUUGUAUACUGGAUGUGAAAAUGGAUACCUAUAAUUGAUGCAACCUAUGUUUUAAAACCAUUUCCCCUCUAAAGCUCAAAACGUUGGUCUAUUGAUCUGUGAAUCCAGCCUCAGGAAGUGAGUGAUUACUUCACAUGGAUGUGCUCUACGUGUUCCAAAUGUAAUGGAAAUACUGGUUUUGUUUUGGUUUGGGUUUUUUUUUUUCUGGAGAUGUGAAAGAGUACUUCUGAUCUGACAUUAAGUGGUUGUUGUAACAUUGGUUCAGGGUGCUCAUUUAUUUACAAAAAAAUUACCAAAAAAAAGGAUUGUUCAGUGUCACACCUACACCAGCUUAAAGUACUGAUUGUUAUCAUUUAGCCCAUUGUAUGAUAAACCUUUUUGUGAUCAACAAAAAAAAUUGUAUUUUUGAAUUUUCAAAAUACAUUUGUAAUGUGAAAAUCCAUACCAGCUUGUGUAAUGGCCAAAGCAAAGUGCAGUGCAGUUGUAUGCUGGCUUCUGCUGGAA